UAACCAUGACCUAAAUUCUACAAGACAGAAAUGCACACAAGCACAUUGUUAAAUAUAAAAAUCUAAUGGAGUUCAGACAAUUUCAGCAGAACUGUACACAUGCAUCUUCUUUAAAAGCAGACUACUAAAAAAUAAUUCACCAACACAGUGAAAAUAAACAGUAAGGUCUAAUAUUUAAGACAGUGAACUCAACCUUUUAACUUGCUUGUUUUCAUACAGGGAUAAUACGGUAUAGCACUAAAAUUCAGACAUGUAUCUGUCAAAGGCAAAAAAAGAUAACAGCACUUUUAAGUGAGCAUCAGUUUUAUACUUUAAUGAAAGUGAAGCUCGAAUUUGGAUGGAACAAGCUUCAAACUGGGCAUGUGUGGAUCCUGCCGUCUCCUGUAUUUAAAUGGAAGCUGCUGCUGCUGCUGCCCUUUACUAAGCUGAAGAUGGACUGAGGCAAUCUGAAGCUCUAGUGAGAAACUCUGCACUGGAUCUCACGUUAUUCCAGAGAACCUAAAAACCUGCUUUACACAAACACAAAAAGCUCAUUCAAAGGGGGAUCUCUUGUCCCUCUGAGGACCACAACGGCACCAAAAUUGUGGAGUCCUUCAACACAUGGAAUGACUCGGAAGCCAAAGCCUACACACUGAUGGACCUGCCUCUUAGAGCCCCAACAGUAUUUAUAGAAAGCUCAACAGAAAAACAUGCAAGGCAACAAUGCUGCGUAUUAUCAAUGCAAAUAACUGUUCAGAGUAUUCUCAAAGGACAGUUGCUACAGUGGGGAUUCCGACAGUGGGAUUUUUAUUCUCCCCUGACAACCAAGUACUCAUACCACGGGGUGACAACAAGAUGACAAUGCAAGAUGUUCCUGGUGCCUUUCCUACAGUGGAUGUCCCAGACCAUGCUCAUUAUACAAUUGGAGUAGUCAUUCUUAUAGUGGGGAUCACAGGAAGUCUGGGUAAUUUCCUGGUCUUCUAUGCUUUUUGCAGGAGUAGGAGCCUUCAGACUCCAGCCAACAUAUUCAUCAUCAAUCUAGCUAUUAGUGACUUCCUGAUGUCCAUUACGCAGUCUCCAGUUUUUUUCACCAAUAGUCUCCACAAACGCUGGAUUUUUGGUGAGAAAGGCUGUGAGCUGUAUGCCUUCUGCGGAGCUCUUUUUGGCAUUACAUCUAUGACCACUUUGAUGGUGAUUGCCUUGGACAGAUAUUUUGUCAUCACAAAACCUCUGGCUUCCGUUGGAGUGAUGUCUAAGAAGAAGGCCCUAAUAAUCCUGGUAGGAGUCUGGCUGUACUCUUUGGCUUGGAGCCUCCCGCCUUUCUUUGGAUGGAGUGCGUACGUUCCUGAGGGUCUGCUGACCUCCUGUUCCUGGGACUACAUGACUUUCACACCAUCAGUCCGUGCCUACACAAUGCUGCUUUUCUGCUUUGUCUUCUUCAUUCCUUUGAUUGCUAUCAUAUACAGCUAUGUCUUUAUAUUUGAGGCUAUCAAGAAGGCCAACAAGUCUGUUCAGACAUUUGGAUGCAAAAAUGGAAAUAAAGAGUUCCAGAAACAGUAUCGGAGGAUGAAAAAUGAGUGGAAGAUGGCCAAAAUUGCACUGAUUGUCAUCUUGCUUUAUGUCAUUUCCUGGUCACCAUACUCUGUUGUUGCUCUGAUAGCUUUUGCUGGGUAUUCCCACGUUCUAACACCCUUCAUGAACUCCAUACCAGCUGUGAUUGCCAAAGCUUCUGUCAUCCAUAACCCCAUCAUUUAUGCCAUCACUCACCCCAAAUACAGAAAAGCCAUUGCAACAUAUGUUCCUUGCCUUGGAUCCCUGCUGAGAGUUUCUCCUAAGGACUCACGGUCUUUCAGCAAUUAUCCCUCCUCCAGACGAGCAACUGUAACCAGCCAGUCUUCUGAGAUAAGUGGGCUGCAGAAAGCAAAAAGGCAACUGUCUUCUCUCUCUGACAGUGAAUCAGGCUCUACUGACACAGAUGAUACCGAAACUGGUAACCCCAGUAUGUUCUCCAGACUUGCUAGCAGACAGAUUUCCUAUGAAAUGGGUAAAGACACAAUUCAAACUAGCAACAUAAGAGCCAAACCUAAAUUGAAGAGCCAUGAUUCUGGGACUUGUGAGAAGCAGCAAACAUCUGAAAAAUGCACCUUGGAGGAAAUCAAGAGAGGUGAGACCCCGAACGGUAUUGAACAAAGAAAAGGAGAGUUUCACCAUGGACCGUCUGCAGCCCAAAUAUCCAGCAUUACAAUAACAUAGAACGUCCAAGGAGUAGACCUGCCUUCUGGAUAUAACUCUGGUUUCUUGUACCCUAAGAUGAACAGCCACAAGCAGAACAAGAAGUCCAACAGCUGAGUGGUGCAAGCCAGAAUGUCACCUUAGCCAAUACUUCUGGAACAACUAUGGACCAGCUAAACCCAGAAUACCUUCCUACAUUGUUCUGAAAUACUUCUACAAAGACACAACACAAGACAGGCAAGGAUAAAAGCAAGAGGAGUAAGCUUUUCAGCAUCAGAACUCUCUCCAGUGGUUCACUUCUUGAUCUGAGUCACACUGUAAUUUUAUUAUUUCUUCUUUAGGCAGCUCAUUACACCAUUUCUUUCAUUUGGAUUUUACUCUGCUCGGGUAUAUCCCACCACUGCACGGAUCUUACUUACAAGCCUCCUAUGAUUAACAUGAGAGGAAAAGGAAAGUGUAAAAUUCAAAACUAGCCUUUUUUAAUUUAGUGUAGUUUAACUUCAAAGAUAUUGCAGAGCUAAAGCUGAAAAAUUUGGGGAAAAACAUACAUUACUUCCUGAAGACAAUUUCUUCACUGUUGUGAAGUUCCUCAAUCAAAUGAAAACUUAAUCACAGUCCAGUGCUCCCUUCUCUCAUUAAUGACACAUUUCCCCUUACUUUCUUCUACAAUCCUUCUACAAAAAAAAAUUGUAGAAAGAAUUGCCUUUCUUCUACAAAGGCAAUGCACUUGAGCAGUAAUUUGAAGUCUCAGAUCUUUAUUUUAAUUUCUGAGAUUCUGGGGAAGAGAAAGGAACAACACUGAGGAUGAGGCUAUAGUCCUUUCCAUACCUAGCUUCUUUUUCCAACAGUCAUUUAAGAGACCGGUUUAACCCACUCUUAGCUAACCUCCCCAGAGCUUUAGGAAAGUAUUAGGAAACGCCUAAGAAAAGAGCCCUUGAAACAGUUCUUCCCCAUGGACCCUCUAGGAGUUCUCCCUGUGGUUGCAAUAAUGCAGGGAAGCCAGUAAGUCAUUCUGUCCUAAGUAAAUCAGUUCUUCCUUAUGUCACGUCAGAAAAAACCAAUGAAAAUGUAACCAGCUUAUUCCCUCGAAGGGAAAAAAAGUAAUCAGUGGGUUCCAGAAGAUUUAGGGCAUUGUUUUGAAGCAAACUUUCGGAAACUUACUUCAAACUGACCUUUAUUAAAAGGAAGGUUAUUAAAACUAAAAAUGGAGGUGAUAAUCACUUCUGUAGCAGCAAACCAUUAGAUCGUGAAAAAGUGGGCUGUUCGGGCUGGUAAUAAACUGCUGAAAGAAACAAACUAUACAAAACCCAGGAUGUUUUUAUGUAAACAAAAUCAUAGGCAUUAGAGAUGGAAAGGAGCUAUUACAGUUCCUCCCUUCACCUACCACAACCGGAUAUUGUCUCCAGGCAGAGGACAAUAUUAAACUGAUAAUAUAUACAGCUAGUAAUAAGGAGAAAGAAGAGAGAAAACAUACAAUCUUCAAACAGGAAGUACUUUCAAAGAUAUUCAUCAAGUCUGAGGAAUUUUAUUACGACUUAUUGCUUAGGCUUUUAAAAUUAUUUAAAAGCGUGAAGCAUGAUCAUGUAAUUCUUCCCAUCUUUUGUCAUGGAAGCCGUUCACACUAGUGAAAACUGGGAAGAAAUGCUAGAAAAUGCUGCCCAUUUCAUAUGGGUCCCAAAAGGCUGAACCUGUCAAGAAAAUAGGUCAAACCUCACACAUGCUGUUUCACGUGUUAAUAAGAAGUGCAUGGUAUGUGUCAUUAAGAGCACUGCUCCCAUCAUGAUUUUGUUCCCAAGUAGUAUUCUUGAAGACUAUGCUCUGCACUCUUCUGCAUUCCCUUCCACUUUUAGAGGGUAUGAAAAGAAUACUUCCCUGGCUAGAAAAGUCUUACAAAUCCACAGCAUGUUGUCCUCUAUAUCCUUCAACUCCAACAUGUACUAGAGAUUAGUUUGUAUCUACAAAAAGAACUACAGCUGUUCACGUUCAUCUACUUACAAGAGGCUUGAAAACCAUAUAUUUAUUAGGAAGAAUUUGUUUGGGAGCACUUCAAAACUCCUGCGUGUACUCCCUGUGUAACUAACAGCUUUACCUUCCCUUCACCUCCUCUGAGACUAUAAAAAUCAUUCAGGGCAAAGCCUACAAAAUGCAUUUCACCUGAAUAUCUCUCCAAGUGAUUCACACUGUAACCCCACUGGCAUUUGGAAUAAACCAUUAUUAGUUCAUA